UAUGGAAACACUUCUUCUUCGAGCUAAUGUCAGCGAAUCGAUGGGAUGUAAACAAUAUCUUAGUUGUUCCAAUUGAUUGACUUCGAUUGCAAAACAAUAUCAAUGGAAUUCGAUCGGAUGAUAAACCCGUUAGGGUUCGGUGAAAAUACCAAAAGUUAUAAAUUUGGUGAAAUCUACUGUACAUUCGACGGUCUUAUGACAUUCCACUGCAACUAUUGUCCAUCUAAAGUGAAGGAUUUUGUUGAAUUCAGUAUUCAUUAUACGGUGCACCUGGACGAGGUGUUUGUGAUUAAAAAAGAAGAUGAAACGUUCUGCGAGCCAAACGUUUACCUUGAUGACAGGGAGCCCGAUGUUAAGGUAAACAUCGAAGAAGUAAACAUAUCCAGUUUUCGUUUCGAAGACAUUAAGGAGCCAGUGCCAGGCAAACGAAAACGAAACGCCCGAAGAGAGCUCCGAUCGCAGAGUGGUCGCGAAACCAAAAAAUCACUAGUGGAACAACAAACGUCCACGGUGACGAAAUUGGUAAAAGUAAAGAGCGCCACCCAAAAAUCGUCGAAAAAUGCUGACCGACCGAAACUCACCUGUACGAGUUGCGAUCAGCAAUUCGUCAAUAGAACGACAAUGGAAAAGCAUCUGAAAUGUCACGAAUUCGGAUUCUUACAAUCGGCAUACGAAUGCGACAUUUGCGAAAGGAAAAUCAAAAGCAAAAAGGAUCUACUGGAUCACAUGCGAAAGAAACAUGCCGAACGGAAGUAUGCUUGCGAGUUGUGCGGAAAGAUGUUCAAAAAUCCAGCUUAUGUCGUCGUUCACAUGCGUGUCCAUGUGGUAGAUCCAACGAAAUCCCAACUAUUCGACGAACCUCAGCCGUGCCACAUUUGCGGAAAGGAGUUCGUCAGCAAAGUUAACUAUGCCAGACACAUCAAAAGUCAUGCAUUCGGAUUUCUGCCACCGGUCUACGAUUGUGAUAUCUGUGGCGAUAAAAUAAAUAACAAAAAGGACUUGUCGGACCAUAUGCGCUUGCAUGCUCAGCCGAAGUACGAAUGCAAACUGUGCGGUAAGAAAUUCAAACGGAAGAGCUACAUGGAAAUCCACUAUCGCAUUCAUAACAAUGUGCACCCGUUUAUUUGUGCGGUAUGUGGAAAAACUUUCGUUGUUGCUGGCGCUUUGUCCUGGCAUAUGAGGAGACACGACAACACAAUGCCGCAGUUUCCAUGUACUUUGUGUGGAAAAAUUUUCACACGUCCAGGCGUACUCGCCGAUCAUUUAAGAAUUCAUUCUGGUCAGAAACCGUUUGGUCCCUGUGAAAUUUGCGGCAUCUAUUUUCGAACCAAGAAAUAUCUGACGGAACACAGAAAGAGCCAUCUGAAUGAGGGCAUAAAAUUUGCAUGUGACCUAUGCGGAGCGCAGUUCAAAAAUCAAGCUGGUGUCCGACGUCACCAAAAACUUGUCCACUUAAUGGUGCCCAUGACAACGCCAUCGGUACAAAAGUAUGAACCAGCUUAGGAUGGAAUCGGGACAAUGUUUGCAUGGAUUGAAGCCAACAUUCCAAUAUUUUGAGGAACAUUUAAUGGAGACCGUGGCCAAUGAUAGAGUUUGUGUUUCGACCUUAUUCGUAGAAUGUAAAUCUCUUCAUCGUGGACAAUUUUUUUUUUCACAUUAACGUAGUGUUCGGGUAACAAACUCCAUCACUUUACACAAGUGGAUGGUGACUCUAAUCGUCGUAAUUUACCGUCAAUACUGAGUUCAUCAGUUUCAUUUAAAGCAAUUGACUUAUUUCAUUUUUGGAAGCUGUAAAUAUCCUGUGUGCGCAUUCAUUUUCAAUUAAAAACCAUUUGUAGCACCAUCUGAAUCGGUUGUUAUUUUCCAUGGAGUCAAGCAGCUGUUGAUGU